AUGUCCCUGGGGAUCAAGUCAAUAUGGAGGACUCGGCCCCGACUCAUCGGCACGCCUAGGGCGUCUCCUGCCCCGAGAUGCACCAUUUACUCAACCUCGCCGCUGCUGUUGUCUUCUACAACUCGCUUGUACGCGGGAACCGAUGACGGGACCGGCGAUUGGAUUGAGGCUGUGACGCCAUCUUCAGCGGCAUCCCCCACGCCAUCUACCGAUAUCGAGCUCCCAUCAGAGCUACCCAGCAAAGACUUGCACCCCAAUCGUUCUCGAAAUCACUUCUUGCGAGACGCCUUUCGGGCCCAAACACCAGCCAUCCAGGAUGCCGUCACGCGGAAGCUCAACUCGCCCUUUGUGCCCGUCGCGAGGGAGUACCCGUCGUCGGGUGUCACCCGCAAGAGGCAGGCGAGCUCUCGCAAGAUUGCGAGAACUCAGGUCGGCUUUGACACCAUAUGGCGCCAUUUCGGCUCCCGCACGCCAGAAUGGUCCAAGAUUUUCAACCUGCUCAAAAGCAUGACGUCGAAGCGAAGCGAAGCACCCAACAUGACGGCCAUGAGGAUCGUCCUGCCCAAGUCGUGGGAUCUGGCGGUAGGCAACAAGAAAGUCGAGUUUGUCGACUCCACCACCGGCUUGUUGGCAAAGCUACGCGUCUCUUCGGACCACCAGAAUCCGUCCGCCAUCGUGCUCCGUGGACUCGGCUCCGUCCUCGCGAAAGCAGCCGAUGAGUUGAUUGCCGCUUGCAAGGAUGUCGAGGUCUUCAAGCUCGGCGAGGUCGCCGCCUUUGAUUACGAGGCAAAGCGAUUGUGGCCUGCGAUAGACGAUGCUCCCAAUGGGGGUUCCGCCAUCCCGGCAGACAAGCUCGGAAACAUAUGGGUCCACAAGGAACUGCAGACACAUUGGACCGACAGGCCAUACGAGCAGACCCCGCGACCGGAGCGCUGGACAACGGAGGCGUUUGCCUCCUACAUCGCAGCCUUGGUUUCUGGCCGUCUGCAUCCUCAUCUCGCCAUGCCAUUUUACAGGCAGCCUCGGAAGUAUGGGAACCUCAUCGAUACCGAUGGUAUCCGCGUCCGCCUCAUCAUGCGCGCUUUUGAGGAUCCUGCCGCGAGAGAAUGCGUGACGCCGUCCAUCCUGAAAAUGGCCAUGGCAUUCAUGGCCCACAGGGGCGGCCACCGUGCCUCGGCCGACCGACUCUUCACCAUGGCAGAAGAAUGGGGCAUACCCAUGGACACGGAUGCGUUCAACAUCCUGCUCGACGGCUAUGUCACCAAGCGUGACGUUGCCUUUUUCCACAGGGUCCUGCAGAACAUGGAGGCCGCUUUCUUUCAUCCGAACGCGAGAACCUGGCUGCUUUUCCUCAAGCUUGUGCAGAGAGACGAUGAGCGGAGGCAGAUCAUCGUCGGAAUGUACGACCUCGGCCUAUUCGAAGACCCUGCGACCCGGCGUGGCAUCGCGGGCAUCAUGGCCGGCUACGAUUCGUAUGCCGCCUUCAAGGCUGGCAAGAAGCUGGAUACCUUCAUGGCCGAUCAAGCAAUGCGCUAUGGCAAGGACUGGUUUACCGUCGCGGCCUUGAAUCGUAUCCUGAAGGAAUAUUUCUCAUUCUAUGCGAAAGACAAUCCUCGCUUCGACGACUUCAAGGCCCUCAUCGACCGACAGUCGGAGGACGGCCGGAAGGUGGACAUCAGCACCAUCGACCUCAUUCUCGACUACUGCGCAGAGGCUCGCGACUGGGAAACCGCACUCUGGGCUCUGUCCCGGCUGUCGCAAUUCCACUGCGAGCCUGGCCAUCGCACAUACCAGCUUCUCAUCUCUCUCGCCCGCAACGCACAGUCCGCAAACGCCCUAGGCGUCACCUUCUUCUACGGCGUCGUUGACCGCAAACUAGGGCUCCGCGCGAGGAAGCUGAUGCAGCAAGUCCUCCUGGACCAAAACCCAACCUCUUUCUGGUCCGCGGUCAGACCGAACGUUUUUUCCAAGAAGAUGGCGGCGGCUCUCAAGCAGAGCAAGGUCGGUCGUGCCACCAGCGCUGUCGCCGGCUUGGAAUGGGCCAUCUUGAGCGUCUGCGACGGAUACAAGCCCGUCAAGCCGCUCGCCUCUGCGCUGGACGUAGCCUUUCGCACCAUGGAUCGGCCGAUGCAUCAGCAGUUGAAGAACAGCAACGACGCCGCCAAGAACGUGCAAUCGAGGGCUUUCGCGGUGAAGCUGGAAGAUAUCGAGGGAGAAAGGACUCGAAUGAUAGUGCAUCUGGACGCGCAGUUCGAUGCUGAAAAGAUGGUGCGCGCCAACCGCGUUCGUGAUACCGAGGAGUCACCUGCGCCCGCCGAUGAACAUGUCGCCCACGAAAAGCCUGGGUAG